UUUCAAACAUACAAAGAAAAAGGAAGUAAGACAUAAAUAAAAAAUGACAGUCACAAUGCUCCCCUCUGCCCCACUCUGAGAUCACUGCAUGGAAUACUAGCAUCCAGGGGUGGUACCUGUGGUGUAAGGCAGUCUCAACCUUCCCACAGUGAGAGGCAUCUGUGCUGUGUGAGAGGAGGACCUGACUUGCUACAAACCCAGACCAGGUACUGCGGCACUGCUAUCAUCCACAGUACUGAUUCCAACAGGAAGCAAAGACUUGGACUGGACCAUGGCCACCAAGGAAGUUAACAGAGCACAGGUGGUUCGAACCAUGAAGGUGCGUACUUCCCUCAAGAGAGAUGGCAGCUGGAUCCGUAGAGUGACAGACCCAGAUGAAGAGAAAGGAAAACCACGCAAGCCAGAACUUCCAAAGAAACCCACUGGUCUCUUUUCAGCUGAAUCCAGCCCUGUUACCUCUCUUGCUCCAUGCAACCCCUACAGUCCUACAGUGACACCAGAUGUUGACCCACUGACCCAUAAGGAAAACACCAAAUGGUCAUUGACAUCUAGCAGGGUCGGACCCCUGGCAAAGUCCUAUGUCCUCUCAGCAGCUAAGAAAUUUGAAUCUCUGGAUUCCCCAAUGAGCGCCCCACCAUUCAAAAUCAGCCAGUCACAUUUCCCUAUAAGUAGGCCUGAGGAGUUGUCAGACGCUGUGGAGGAGUCAGUGGAUACACCAACAGCAGAAUCAGAAGACAAAUCUCUUGGGAAACCUGUGGAACAACCUGCGGUGGAGGAUUCUGUAGAUGCUGGAAAAUCUGUAGACGCACCUGCUGACCAACCAGAGGCAGCAGAGCCCUCUGAGACAACGACUGAGGUACCUGCAUCUGUGGAAGAAGCUGUUGGAGAACUCAUCGCAAAACUCACUGCAGAACGCACCGUGGGACCCACAGUGGAACCAGCAAGUGAAGUUCAAUCAGAAGAGGCUGCUGUAGAAUCAGUCUUAGAACCUGUAGCGAAACCUGUUGACAGUGUUUCUGAAGAACCUGCAGUUUGGCCAGCGGCUGUGGAGGCAAUUGAACUUGUAGUUCAGCUUGUGGUUGCAGUUAAACCUGUAGUUGAGCCUGUGGCUGCAGUUAAACCUAUAGUUGAGCAUGUGGCUGCAGUUAAACCUGUAGUUGAACCUGUGGCUGCAGUUAAACCUGUAGUUGAGCCUGUGGCUGCAGUUAAAUCUGUAGUUGAGCCUGUGGCUGCAGUUAAACCUGUAGUUGAGCCUGUGGCUGCAGUUAAACCUGUAGUUACGCCUGUGGCUACAGUAAACCCUGUAGUUGAACCUGUGGCUGCAGUUAUACCUGUAGUUGAACCUGUGGCUGCCGUUAAACAUGUAGUUGAGCCUGUGGCUGCAGUUAAACCUGUAGUUGAGCCUGUGGCUGCCGUUAAACCUGUAGUUGAGCCUGUGGCUGCAGUAAAACCUGUAGUUGAGCCUGUGGCUGCAGUUAAACCUGUAGUUGAGCCUGUGGCUGCAGUUAAACCUGUAGUUGAGCCUGUGGCUGCAGUAAAACCUGUAGUUGAGCCUGUGGCUGCAGUUAAACCUGUAGUUGAGCCUGUGGCUGCAGUUAAACCUGUAGUUGAGCCUGUGGCUGCAGUAAAACCUGUAGUUGAGCCUGUGGCUGCAGUAAAACCUGUAGUUGAGCCUGUGGCUGCAGUAAAACCUGUAGUUGAGCCUGUGGCUGCAGUUAAACCUAUAGUUGAGCCUGUGGCUACAGUUAAACCUGUAGUUGAGCCUGUGGCUACAGUAAAACCUGUAGUUGAGCCUGUGGCUGCAGUUAAACCUGUAGUUGAGCCUGUAGCUGCAGUUAAACCUGUAGUUGAGCCUGUGGCUGCAGUUAAACCUGUAGUUGAGCCUGUGGCUGCAGUUAAACCUGUAGUUGAGCCUGUGGCUGCAGUAAAACCUGUAGUUGAGCCUGUGGCUGCAGUAAAACCUGUAGUUGAGCCUGUGGCUGCAGUAAAACCUGUAGUUGAGCCUGUGGCUGCAGUUAAACCUGUAGUUGAGCCUGUGGCUGCAGUAAAACCUGUAGUUGAGCCUGUGGCUGCAGUUAAACCUGUAAUUGAGGAGUCAACAUCUGAACCCAUCAUUGAAGCUGAAGCUGUGGCUGAAGCAGCUGUUGAAGUUGUUCAGGAAUUAUCAGCUGCUAUUGAACUUGAGGCAUUAGACGUGGAGCUACCUUCUGCUGAAGUCGUGGCAGAUGAUAUAAUAGCACCUGCAUCAGAACCUACACCAUCCCCUUGUGGGGGUCAGGUUCCAUCACUCAUUCAGCAACAGGAGGAUGCUGAACCACAGCAUCAGAUAGUCCAUGGCUUUCGUCACACCAAGGAUGGCAAAGCCCUUUGUUCAUACUGUGACAAGUCAAUUGAUGGAAAUGUCAAGAUCACAAUCAAUUACCCACAAAUCUACAGCCACCCAGACUGUUUUAAGUGCGGGUUGUGCGGUAAGGCCUUGGGGGACAUGACGACCGCCAUGUUCGUGCAUGGGAGAGUGAUCCACUGUGAUGGCUGCUUUAUUAAAACCAUGUAGGCCCCAGGGCUUCUCAUCACCUUGACACAGAGGGCACAGCAGUGUCAUCCCUAGAACAUCCCUGUCACCAACACAACCAUUUUGACAGAUUACUUGCUAACAUUGUUCUUUUUUUUUUGUAAGAUGUUAUAUUUCCAGAGUUAUCAUCAAUUUUUCUUCCCUGACACUGAAUGCCAUUUUUUUGUGAAUGUAAGACUUUUUUCUGUAAACAAAUACUUCGUUUUUUCCCCAUUUAUUGUGUUUUCACCAUGUGGAGGGCAUGUAUAUCUGUAAUGAGAAAAAAUAUAUAAAUGAUUUAUGACAGUUUCCAUAA